UCAUUAGAAGAGGAAGAAGUAUGGUGUGAAGUGAGUGAUGACGAGAUGUAUAAUCCAGGUAAAAUGAAGAAAGGAACAUGGGAACCUACUGCAGAAGAUAUCCUGAAAGUGUUUGAAGAAAUCAAAUCCAAAAAGGUGUUGGAUUUACACUGGAAAUGUCCAGGAAGGAGACAUCCUGAUACUGAUGUCAAGAAGGAGGAAGACAAUAAGGAAGAAAAAGUUACAACACCAGUCAAACAAGAGGAGAAAAAACCAAGUAUUCCGAAUGAGUUUGAUUUUGACGAGGAUGAUAUGGGAGGAAGUAAAACUGUUAUAACACCGAGGAGAACUCCAGGAUCUGUCCCGAAGUCACAGAAGAAGGAAGCCAAGAUGGACAAGAUCCUUAAAGACAUGAUGCAGCAAAGGAAGCUACAGGCUGCUGAAAGAGAGGCUCGUAAACUGGCCGGGAACAAAUCUCCACGGACACCUGCUAGUCCAGGUAGAGCAAGGAUAGGAAGCCCAGCUGGUUCUCCUCGGACUCCUAACAGACAAUCUCCGGUGAGGAUCGGUGCUGGACAGUCGGAUCAAAUCACGACCACUCCUGUUAGACCCCCUUCUGAAACCUUCAGUGCAAUUCAACCAGGAAAACUAGACUCUCACAAUGUUAGCAAUAGCAAAAUACAUGACAAUGGUUUUAAUAAUUCAAGUUCUGGUCUUAAAAAUCAAGUGCAGCAGUCUACACCUAGUGUGUCAGCUGCUCCAUCAAAUAAUAUUGAGACCCAGUCUAAAAAUUCAAAUUCAGGGGAGGCAACUCCUCAAACUUCACAAGGUGCUGAUCCUUCACAAACAAUGCAAAGGGAGGUAACUUCAAAUCCACAAGCUCCUAGCCAGAUUCAGCAAGUAAACCAGCCAAUGAAAACAGCUGAAACAAAAGCUGAAAAUACUGAAAUAAAACCUGAAGCCUCAAAUCCUCCUACUGAAAAAAUGGAUACAAGUUGAUAAAAAGAAAUUAAAUAGAAAGAAAACAGUAACAAAACAGUGAAAAUCUUCUUGCUUCUUACCGAAGGAACAAAAAGUGUUCACAAAAUAUGUUAUUCAUGAUAUAUACAUCAAAGGAAUAGUUAAAGAAACCCAAACAGCUGUUUUAUAAAUGUUUAAUAUUAAUGUUUCAAUCGUCUCGGAUAUGGUUACAGACAGUAAAUACAUCUAUAGAAAACAACAAUAUACAUACUGACCUACAUAAUACACAUGUAUACAAAUAGCAGUUGAAUUGAAUUGACAUAUUUGUAAUAGAAAUCUUAUAGGUUAUAAUAGAAAUGAGCAUUUUAAAGCUGAAAGGCACAUUAUGGCCUAGAAGUCCAUUUUUGUAUUCUUAAGAAAUGUUACCUUUAUUUUUUCAAAUUAUUAUAUAUUGGAUUUAGAGUAUGUAAGGUGUUAAACAACUGAAGAAAGUAGCGUUGAAUGUACGGUUAUGUGUCAUAAAGUCAGCAUAAUGUAAACAAAGUAGUAUUUGACUUGCAUACAAAUUACUAAUUCUCUAUACAAUGUAAGUAUACAGUUACCAACAGAACAAAAGAAGCAAAAUAUAGUUUAUCUUUAUGGCAAAUGAAAAGUGUUUUGGGAACUGUUACAAUAUACAAAAAAUAAGAAAGUUUAUGAGAAAUAGAAAUGAUAGCAUUUCUAAGACAAAAUGGGCCUUUUUGGAUAUGUUUACUAUUGAUUGUCCAAAUGCUGAAUGAUUGAGCAACACUAUGAGGUAAAUCAUGGCUUGUUUCGGAGCAAAAAGCACCCUCUUAUGAUCAGACAGGAACAUGUCAAGGGGAAAUAAUUUUCUUCUAUAGCUCUUAAACUAAGAAAAGAAAAAUUAUAUUUUUGCUGCUUAAUUUUGAAAAGGCAGCUUUUAGUGUAUAAUGAAACUGAAUUGUUGUGCAAUGAAAUAUGUGUACAGGACAGUAACUGGACUAUGUCUAAAUAAAAUAAAUGUUGUUUUAAAGACUGUAAUGAUUUUUACUUAUUUAAGAAAUGAAAGUGCAACAAUAUUUGUUUUAAACUGCUUCCGGUCAUUUAAGACCACUAUAGUAUGUUUGUAAGGCUGGUACUUAGUAAUUUGUUUAAUUGCUGUAAUAUAUAGGAAGCAAGGUAUGAUAUUGUGUUAUAUAUUCAUAUAACCUUAUGAUUUUUUUUUUAUGAAAAUACAGGGGUAUUCAUGGCCAAAUGGUUACGGUCAUUGCCUUCAGUCCACUUGCCCCUCAAUUUUGUGGUAUGAUUUAGAAUUCUUUCAUGAGGAUGCAAUCCAGUUAGCUUACUAAAUGUUGGUGGUUCUACUCGUUUGCCAGUUUUGGCACCUUAGGUCUUUCUCCACCAGUGAAGAUGGAAAGACACCAUAUGACCUUUGUUGGUUUCACCUAAUACCAAAAUAAAAGAAUGAAAAUAAGAUAUUUUCAGUUGUAGACUUACAGCAGUUACAUAGAUAUUUUUCCCUUUAACUGCUUGAUUUCUUCAAUUUAUAACUUGGUAAUUUGGGGCGUAUGUGACCAAGUGGUUAAGUUCGUUGACUUCAAACCACUUGCCCCUCACUGUUGUGGGUUCGAAUCCUGACAGGGUCUUUGGAUUCUUUCAUGUGAGAAAGCUAUCCAGCUAGCUUACGGACUGUCAGUGGUUCUACUCAUGUGCCUGUUUGCCUGAAAUAAUUCACGGAAGGGCACCUGAGGUCUUCCUCCACCAGUAAAGCUGGAUGUUGCCAUAUGACCUAUACUGUGUCGGUGUGACGUAAAACCCAAUCAAACAAACGAACAAACUUGGUUAUUAACAGAGUUAUUUUCUGACUUGACCUGCUUGUUUUCGGACGUGUUUUCUUGAAUUGAAUAUUUUUAUCAUUACCAGAGUUGUUUCCCUUUGACCUGCAUAUUUGCUUGAAUUAAUAAUUUGGUCAUGAUCAGAGUUCUCUCCCUUUGACUGGCUUGUUUUCUUGAAUUAAUAGUGAUCAUUGACCGAGUUUUUUCCCUUUGACUGGCUUGUUUUUGAUCAUUGACAAAGUUCUUUCCCUUUGGCCUUCUUGUUUUCUAGACAAUUUGAUCCCAGGAUGAUUUGCAUUUUUUAGUGAAGAUUAUAAGACAUUUUAUGUUGCUUUUUACAGUUGGUAAGAAGUGACUUAUUAUUAUAGUUAACAUCAUAGCUUACCUCUUCAAGUUAUGUAUGAAUGCAGGAUGCCAUAAAAUUACUUUAAGGUAUAUAUGCUUAGGAACAUUUAUAAUAUAAGACUAUUUAUUCUGUGUUGAACAGAGAAAAAUGAAAGAAAAAAUACAAAUUAAUCCACCUUUUAACUGUUAAGUCACUUAUUGAUUGUAACUAUAAUAUUUUGCAAAUUAUGAUAUACUAGUAUUUUACAGUGUUUGUUGUUUUCACUUUGGAUAACAGUAGUUAGCCGCAUUGAAUUAACCAGAGCACAG